GAACCAGACCUACUAGUCGUUGGAGAGCAGACAAGUACAGUAUCGACCGUUCGCACAACAAGCGGAGUUUAUUCUUGUCUGGUUAAGCACUGCGUUCUGCGAUAGCGAUAGAGAGUUAUUUUCUGAAACGGAAGCACACUUCUGUCGAACUAAAGUUGAAGAAACGAAAAUAAGUAUACAAGAAGUAUAUAUCGAGAAGUAUUAAUCGAAAUUUCUCUCUAGUACCAGCUGGCCGAAUAUCUAUAUAGCGCGUCGUACGUGGGAGGAACUCGAAGGGGAAGAGAAAAUCGGAGCACAAAGCACGGAGAGAAUCGGAGCAAUCGGCUACAGUGAUCUCGAUUCAAAAUCACGAAGGCCGCAGAAUCGUGAAACUCGGAGCGAUCGGUGAGAUCGGAGCGAGGGGUCACUGUUACUAUGUAAAUUAUCAGCAGGUGUACUUGGCUGCGCGCGCGCACUGUCGACAACAAGCAACGACAUCAGCAGAGACAACAACAUCAUCGUUGAUAACAGCAGCGGGAGGAACGGACGCAAGUAAGCGGGAAAAAUUACGCGGCACGCCGCGGUCUAAAGACCUGGGCCUUUACCUGACCGAUUCCAAGGAAGCUCGCAAACUGGCUCCAGAGGUGAGGAUCAAGCAAAUUGGAAUGAGGGAGGACCUGCUAUCUAUAAUACGGCACACGAGCAGCGACCACUUCUCGGAAGAGCUUUAGCCGGGAGCUUGAAAUCAGGAAGUAGAAACAGAAACACCAGUCAGACUGGCGCUAUAAUUCGCGAAUAGAGAAAUAUUCGCGCGAUAGAGUAGAGGUGGCUCUUGCUCGUUGACCUUUUGAACGACUGGCCGUGUCGGGCUUCCUUUUAUUCCGAGGAUCCUCGCGAUUAUUCUUAAUCAACUAUAAUUGUCAUCAAAAGAAAGAGGGAGAAAAGCCAAUAUAUCCAAACGAUCGAUUGCUCUCCGUCAUACGGGUUUCCCGGUUAUGCCCUGGGUCGCCGCAUGUUUUGAUCUGUUGGCGGCUCCGUUACUGGGUUAUUGUCUCGCAAUCAGAAAACUAGCCCUGCAAGCCGGUGUCCUGCAGGAGAGAAGGAGCGAUCUUGUCGGGAAGCAGACGUCUAACAUAGGAACACCUUCGAACGCUGACGCAUCCACCAUGGUUCCUAAUGCAGAAGAGCGUCAAGAUCCCGGCAAGGAAAAGGUCGCAGCAAGAAUGCCGGCAGUGGCGAAGUCAUCGCGCAAAUUUGUGGGGGUUGUUAUAGCCAUUUGUGGUUUACCGGCUCGUGGGAAAAGCCAAAUCGGCCAAAGUCUUGCUCGCAGGCUUAAUUGGAAUGGUGUAACUACAAAAGUAUUUCGUGUGAGUGAUUAUCGAAGAAAACGAUUCGAACCUCAUAUAUCACAUGAACUCCUGCGAUCAGAUAAUGCGGCAAACAAUGCGUUAAUGGCUCUCGCACAAAGAGAUGCCAUGCUGGAUUGCGCAUCGUGGCUUGCAUCAGGAAAUACUGUAGCGCUCCUGGACGCUAUGCUGAUUACGCGAGCGCAGCGUACGGAGGUUCACGAUUACUUUUCUGGUCAGCUUGGUUAUCGCGUUCUGUUCGUCGAAUGCGUCUGCGAUGAUCCGGAAGUUCUGGAGCACAAUCAACAAGAGAUCGUGAAACAUAGCGCCGAUUAUGCAGGCGUGGACGUUGCUCUGGCCGCGGAAGAUCUGCGCUCGAAAAUCGCUUUUUAUACCCGAUCGUAUGAGCCGAUGGACGACAAAAUCUAUCCCAAAAUCAGAAUCGACACCGCUACUAUGGACAUCGAGACCUGCAAGGUAUCCGGUCACAUUGAAACCAGUGUGCUUGGAUAUCUCGGAGACGUCAGCCUUAAACCUCACACACUUUAUUUCUCACGGCACGGUGAAAGCGAGUACAAUGUGCUCGGUAAAGUCGGCGGUGAUGCGGUUUUAAGUGCCAGAGGCGAGCGUUACGCUCAAGCUUUAUCAACCAAGUUUAAUGCCAUGCGUAUUCCUGAUCUGCGAAUUCUCACCAGUCGCCUCCGCAGAACAAUAGCAACGGCACGUGGUAUCGAGGCCCCCCAGGAACACGUAGCGGCGUUGAAUGAACUUCAUGCGGGAGUGUGCGAGGGUCUUUCUUACGAGGAAAUGCAAGAGCAUUAUCCACAGGAAUUUGCUUGGCGUGAUCAAGACAAGCUACGUUAUCGUUAUCCGUGGGGCGAGAGUUACAUUGAUGCAAUGCAACGUGUUGAGCCGGUGAUGGCCGAGUUGCAGCGUUCCAAUAACAUCCUCGUAGUAUCGCAUCAAGCAGUAUUGCGCUGCAUCAUCGGAUUUUUCCUCGACAAGAAACCUGAAGAACUGCCCUACAUGGAGGUGCCGCUACACACGAUAAUCCGCAUCUCUAGCCAGGGUUACAAUUACAAGCUCGAAUUCUUCAAGCUGCCAAUCGAGUGUGUCAACACGACUCGCGUCAAACCCCAAAAUUGCAGCGGCGAUCGCACCGCUGCCGACGCACUGAUCACGGUUCCCGAUCAUUUUGAUAUGCCGGAUCCUUGGAGAAACCCCGGCAACGGGCCUACUCUUGUGCAACAGCAUUAAAAAAAAUCAAUUCGCCCGUUUGGAAAGCGGCAUAAAUCGAGUUUUAAACCAUGAGUUGAAGAACUUUACUAUGAUAUAAUGAUAUCAAUAUAUAAUUUCAUAUAAAAACAUGAUAUCAAAAUAUUACACGAUCAAUGUGUGGAUCAAAAAUAUCAAAUAUAAGAUAAUAUUGCUCGUUGUCAAUUGAUAUAAAUAAAGGAUUAAUGAGAUGUUGAAAGAUCGAUUUACGCCACGUUUUAAACAAAUGGCUUAUACAAUAAUUGGCUGUACACAUGCGGUAGUAUCGAAAUUAUUUAUCUGUUUAUUCUGAAUGUUUACUAUUAUUAUAAAAAAAUUAACUAUCUCCAUUAAUAAUUCUCAUAGCGGCAACUAAAAUGAGCCAAUUUUAUUUUUUCUUACUUUUCGAGAUAGAAGCAGUGAUUUAAUUUCGAUUGUAAUCACUGUGUGCGGAAAGAGUAAGAAUUGUUUGUUCCUCUGAUUUCGAGAAUUCUUUUAUGCAAUGGAAAAUGUAUGGAUUUUUGAAUAUGGAUACUUUUGACACUGAUCGUCGACGAAGUUUUGCGAAUGUCUCGAACACUUCGACGAUAGGUCUACGAUACUAUGAUACAAUGAUAUUACGCCUUUUUAAUGGGUAACAAUUGGGAAGCCCAUGGCUCGGAGCCCUCUACGUAUCGCGAAACAGUUUUGUCAAUUUACAGGGUUGUUCGGUUAUAGUGUGCUGAUUCAUACAUUACUUGACGUGCUAAAAAUACCUACAGAUUUGUAUAUAGAAUGGACGAGGAAAUUUGAUGUUGAAAACUGUUUGUGAUAAUAAUAGCGUAUUAAAAGCGAAUAAUAACAAAGUCGCUAUGCAAAUAUUAAUCAUUUGUUUUUCAUAUUUCAGAAUUUCUUUUUGUUUUCUCUUUCAAGUUUUCUUAAAUUUCCUCCUCAAAUCUCUUGCAAAACUUUUCUUCGAUGCUGUGAUUUUUUUAAAUCAAAUAUAUGAUCUCUCUCUUUAUCAUAUUUAUUAUUCAAGUGUCAUCGAAUUACAAUUGUUGAAAAGUUUGAAAGAAAUUACGGAAAUGUUUAGAUAUAUGCAAAUUAUCACAUUUGAUCAACAUUUGAUUUUGAAACAUGCGUACAUUAAUUAUCCGGCCUUAAAGAUAAUUGGAAGCAGAAAAUUUUUCUCUACAUACUUUAAGAUCUUAUAUUUUUAUAAAGGAUAGAUAUAUUAGAUGUAAUUGUAGCUACUUCCUUAGCGAUUAAUUUGUUUUUUAUUUUAAAGAGCAAUGCAAUAUAUCCGUAAUUAUUUGUAAUCCAUAAAAUUAUAUUAUAUUAUUUUGAAUAGAUAAGUUACAACUAUUUGCGGAGAAACACUUGAUUGAGAAGGAAUAUUAUUAAUACAUAUUGAAAUAGCUUAUUAUUGUUAUCAUAGGUAGAAGCUUUAUUGCUUCUAAUUUAUUAAUGAUUAAAACCUAAUAAAAAAGGGGGUCUCGAUAAAUAAUUUUUAUAAACUAAGUAUUGUUUAUCGCAAUUAUUGCAUGAAAUGAUUUUAUCUAACAAUUGAUAAACAUUGGCAAGUACUAAUAAUUUUAUCUUUACUAAACUAUUUUAUAUAAAAGAAUUUUUCCAUCGCACAUAUUAGUCAAUUAGGCUUGUUUAAUUCAAUAUAUCGUCUUAAACUUGUUAGAAUGUGUAUUUUUAGCAUAGAUGCAAUAUAAUAUGGACAUUUAAAUGAUAUGUGCAUUUUGAUAUAAGCAAGUCAAGUAUAUUUGUGUUAAAAUUGAUGAAAUAGAAUUUAAAGAUUAUGUAUAGGACACAUUUUGUGUGUAUUGUGUGUGCACGAGUUUGUUAUGAUUUCUGUAUAACUAAGAUAUUCUGGAUAAACAAAUAAGAUUUUGUGGAAUAUCGUAGAUAAAUCAAUCCUUAUAAAUCAUUGAUUUAACGAUA